GGCUACGAAAGGGAGCCGGUUGCAGUCGGCUGUUGGGGCGGCUUGUUCAGACUUUGCUCCUUCCCGGGCAUGGCAAUGUCAUGCGUCCUCCUCCUAACUAUACUUGGAGCGGAAGCAACCAGCAAAUCCACUGACGGUUUGGAAUCUGAGCUAGAAUGUUGCAUGGAGGCAAUGGAGGCAAAUACCACCUGUCUGGCCAACAACCAGUGCAGCCCAGGCUGCUACAGGCGCUGGAACGAAGAUGGCAGCAGCAGCUGUGUUAAAUGUGAGAAUGAAACGGCCACCGCCGCGCCGGUGUACAAUCUGACUGACUGCCGAAAUCAUGCUGCCAGAGGAAUGAAUUCCCAAACAAACUUAACUACCGUAAACCCAGUGACCGUCAGCGUCGGGGGACCAGAAAUAGCUGCUUCUCUCAUCUUUGGGACUUUCGUCUUCAGCCUCUUCCUCAUUCUGUGUGUUGCUUCGUUCUUCUACCUCAAACGUGCCAAUAAACUUCCAAAUCUCUUCUAUAGAAGAAGCAAAGGGUCCAUUGUACAGUCUGCUGAAUCAGCAUCAAUGUUAUCUCCACCUUCUUCAGUCCGGAAACCCCGCUACGUCAGACGGGAGAGAUCGCUGAUGUCCUCCGGUACCAGCACGACGAUUUCCGCAGAGACCAGGGUCAGCAAUGUGUAGCAGUGGUCGUCGUCAGCCCCGACUAUUUGUAAAUACCGGCACCGCCGAGGAAGCGUACACUCCGUCUCCAGCACGAAGGGCCAGGGAAACGGCAGA